CCAUCAAAAUCAGGUCUUAGUCUUUCCUUAACAACUUAACUUUUGUAAGGAUAUGCAUCAUUGUCUGUUACCACCUUUUUCUUCUUCCCCUCCCAGAUGCCAAUUAGCUUUACUCUGCCUGAAAAAAGUAGCACCUUCAACCAAUUUCCAUGGAAAAGCUUCAGCCUUGCCAGAUUCUUUUAAAUUUAUUUCCUAUCCUAACCAUUCAAUUCUGUUUUCUCAUUCUUCCCUCCUCAGGUUACACUCUUCCUGAUAAAUACUUCAUUAAUUGUGGAUCAGAGUCCCCUGCCAGUCUCGAACUGCAGCGAUCUUUCGUUGGUGACCUCUCUUACUGGGUUGGUUCGAGCAAAGCUGUCAAGGACAGCAGCCAAUCAGAAAAUACUUCACUGUAUCAAACCGCAAGAGUUUUCCACAAAUCAUCUUCAUAUCACUUUGACAUCGAUGAGAGAGGCACAUACAUAAUAAGACUCCAUUUCUUUGCUUUCUCAUCACCAGAUGCUAAUCUGGCAAGUGGUCUAUUCAAUGUCCAGGCCUUAGGAUUUCAAUUACUAUCAGAUUUUAGUGUCUCACUAAGUAAUUCACCUAUGAUUAAGGAAUUCUUGUUCACCUUAGACAGGGGAAAGUUUGUUAUUGACUUCAGACCUUCCCAUAAAUCUUCUUUCGCCUUCGUAAAUGCUAUAGAAGUCUUUCUUACCCCAGAAAGCUUCAUUCCUGAUGAUACAACUCAAAUCACUGCUGCAGGAAGGAAAGGCAAUUUCAGUGGGUUGCUGUGUCAUGGCUUGCAUACUACCUACAGGAUCAAUGUUGGAGGUUCCAAACUCACAGCAGAUAACGAUAAGCUGUGGAGAAAUUGGAUACCUGAUGAUGAUUUCUUGACUUACCCUGAAACUGCAGAGAACAGUUUAUUCUUUCAAGGCACACUGCCCUCUGGUCCGCAGAAUACUGAGUAUGUUGCUCCUGCUCUUGUAUAUAAGACUGCUAAAAAAUUGAGGCAGACAAAUUUUUCCAAUAUAACUUGGGGUUUCAAGGUCAGCAAUAAUUCUCGGCACCUUGUUCGAGUACACUUUUGUGACAUUAUUAGUACACAACUUGGUGCUCUCAGGUUCUAUUUUCAUAUUUAUAACAACUUCAGUACGAAUAUCAGUUCUUAUGACAUAACUGGAUUAAAUGCAUCUCCAUUUUACUUUGAUUUUGUUGUUGAGUCGGAUAAUUCAGGAUUCCUAAAAGUGAGCGUGCUUCAACGCAAUGAUUCUGAAAUUAAAGAUGCCUUUUUGAAUGGACUGGAGAUUAUGGAAAUGCUGGAAAAAUCACAGAAACCCAAGAAGAAAACUCAGCCUAUUAUGGUUGGUUCAGUUGGUGCUGUGCUAUUUGUUGUGGUCUUACUAGUAGGUUUUCUGGUGAUCCUGAAAUCCAGGAGAGCAAAAUCUUAUAGGACUUCAGGUAGGCCAUUUUCUAUGCCUCCUUAUAGGGGAAGUUCUUAUAAUUGGUCGUCUGAAAGAACUGCGAAUGUGUCAAUUGAUCCUGACUUGAAACUGGCACUGAAGAUACCAUAUGUUGAAAUACAGCGUGCAACAAAGAAUUUCAAUUCAAAAUUGAUGAUUGGUGAGGGUGGGUUUGGGAAAGUCUACAAAGGAAUACUCCGUGAAGGUGUGCAAGUGGCAGUGAAAAGAAGUGAACCAGGUCAUGGGCAGGGUAUGUUGGAAUUCCAAACUGAGAUCAUGGUUUUAUCCCAAAUUCGCCACCGUCAUCUUGUUUCCUUGAUUGGAUAUUGUGAUGAGGGGUCUGAGAUGAUAUUGGUUUACGAAUUUAUGGAAAAGGGUUCUCUGAGAGAUCAUCUUUACAUAUCAGAUGCGGAUUCUGAAAAGUCUACUUCACGAUCUGAACUUUCUUGGGAGCAAAGACUUGAAAUUUGCAUUGAUUCUGCAAAGGGACUUCAUUAUCUGCACACUGGCUUGGCAAGGAGAAUCAUUCACCGUGAUGUCAAGUCAACAAACAUCCUGCUUAAUGAAGAUUAUAUAGCUAAAGUUGCUGAUUUUGGUCUUUCUAAGUCAGGUCCUCUGGAUCCAAACGAGAAUACAGGCGUAAAAGGCAGCUUUGGUUAUCUGGAUCCUGAAUAUUUUAUGUCUCUACAGUUGACCGAAAAAUCUGAUGUGUACUCUUUCGGAGUGGUACUUCUUGAGGUGCUCUGUGCCAGACCAGCAAUUAUGACCACCAAUCGAGUGGAGGAAGUGAACUUAGCAGAAUGGGGGAUGCUUUGGCAAAAGAAAGGCCAGCUUGAGAAAAUUGUUGAUCCUGCUCUGGUUGGUACCAUUAACUUUAGUUCAUUGCGAAAAUUUGGUGAAACUGCUGAGAAAUGUUUGAGGCCUAAUGGCGCGGAGAGGCCUAUGAUGCAUGAUGUGCUGUGGGACUUAGAAUUUGCAUUGCGGCUUCAACAAACUUCAGUGCACAGACGUAUAGAUGAUGACAGCAUGAAUAGUGCUUCUCUGGAAUUGGCAUUUCUAGCUAGACACGAUCUUCCAUCUCAUAGAGAACCAGCUGAAGAAGACGAUUCAUUUCCAGGAGGUGAUGAUAGUAGAAUUACAAUGGCUAGUAGGGUGUUCUCGCAACUGAAAAUUGAUGCUGCUAGAUAAUCUCGACAGGUCAGUUUCAGGAUGAAUCAUGCAUGUUCCUCCACCUUUCUUCUUUCUUUCAGUUUUUUUUUUUUUUUUUUUUUUCCUUUAAACCGCUGUUGAGUCCACCUUAAUUCCAUAUGGCUUGAAUGUAAUCCUUAAUGUCUUUUGACCUGAUUGUAAGAUUGUUUUGAUGUUUCAAUUUGCAUAAUACGUGUGCUUGUCUAA